AUGUCGGCCAAUAGCGCUGAGAUCCCGCUGAACAUUGAGUGCUUCAUGAAUGAUGUGGAUGUGAGCGCGAAAUUGCCGAGGUAAGUUGGGGCCUAGUGCAGUAUAAAAAGUUAAUUUUUGGAUGUUUUAUAGGUUUAAAUCAGGUUUUAAACAGAAUUAGAGGCAAUUUGAAGGGAAUUGCGAUUGAUUUUAGGGAAAUUUAGACCAAAUUUAACCAUGGAUAAUAUUGUUUUCCUUAUUUUCCCUUCUUUAGAGCCGAAUUCUAACAAAUGACCGAGCCCUUGUUCCAGAGAAUCCGAAAUCUCCUCAGCGCUCUGCUCCAAGACUCCAGAAUCUUCAGGAUAUUGCCGAGGUCGAGCUGAUUGGAGGCUCUUCCCAAAUCUCGUUUGCGAAGCAAAUCGACCAACAUCUCACCCAACAGAUCUUCAAGCGCAAUGACCACUUCCCCAGCUUCAAGCCCCUCCCUCUGCACAGGGUGGAGCCCUUCACAAUCGCGGCCCAUUACGAAAAUCCGCAGGAAAUCCCGUACACCGAGCCUCGGAGUGUCCUUGAACGGAAUUUUCGAUGUUACGAUGCUGAUAGGAAUCCAAUCUGA